UCGACGUUUUGUUGUUGUUUCUUGCGGCGUUCACCGGGAAUGAAAUUUCAGAAUUUGUUUUAUUAAAUUGUAGAUAUUAAAUUGUGGUCAAGUAAUCUACAAAUUUCUCUCAAAAUGAUGGCCUUGGGUCCAAAAAAGGAUGGCAGUCCUAAUAUUAAAUUUUUUGAGUCAUCUGAAACUCUAAACAUGUUAGAAAGUGUCAGGACGUGGCUCAUGAAAAACCAUAAAAAGUAUUUGCAAACGGAUCCACCUACCAAUAAAUCACUUGCAGCGUUGAUAUUACAACUAAUUCAAUUCCAAGAAGAUAAUCUUGGUAAAAAUGUUAGCAAGCCUCCACUUACCCGCCUGCCUAUGCGUUGCUUUUUAGAUUUCAAACCAGGUGGUGCAUUAUGCCAUUUAUUGGCUACAGUAUAUAAAUUUAAAGUGGAUCAAGGUUGGAGAAGAUUCGAUUUCCAGGUCAGUAAGAGCCCAUCUAGAAUGGAUAGGAGUAUUGAAAUGUUUAUGAACAUUGAAAAAGCUUUAAUAAGUGCCAAAAGUUUAACUUUGCCGGUAAUUUUCAUUCAACCCGAUGUUGAUAAAAAAGAAAAACUAAAAGAAAUUAUUAAAAGACAUCAAGGAACUAUAACAGAGAAUGAACAAGAAGCUACUCAUAUAGUGUAUCCAAAUGUUGACCCAAUAGAUGAAGAGUAUGCAAGACCAGUUUACAAAAAUAGAGAACGUUGGUCAUUACUUCAUUGGUAUUAUUUCCCAGAUUCAUAUGACUCAUGGGUUAAUGUAGACCUUCCAGUCGAUCCUCCAGAAUUACUAUAUUGUAAUCAACACUCUUCCCCUUGGCGGGUUACAUCAUCUUGGGUUUUAGAUACAGAUGUCCACAAUGAAUGGAUGAAUGAAGAAGACUAUGAAGUUGAUGAUACUGGUAAAAAAACUGCUCAUAAGCUGCGACUUUCUGUUGAAGAUUUAAUGAAUAAUGAUUUAUCCAGUGGUAAAAAGAAACCAAAAAGAAAAAGGACACCAUCUCCCCCUUCUAAACCUAAUAAGCGUAAAAGUGGCAGAGGAAGUUCUGUGAUGAGUUUAAAAAAAAAUAAAGUUGAUGAUGAUAGUGAUGAUCUUACAAGAGAUCUUGAUGACCCAAUAUCAGAACCUAAUAUUUCUGAAAUAAGUGUUAAUUUGAAUCAAUCUAAAACUGGUUCAUCUUCCUCAAAAAAAGAUAGUGAUUCUCAACCUCUUAGAAGUGGUACUCUUAUGGAUUUAGAUGAAGAUUUAGAUAAAGGAGACGAUAAUAAACCAUUUGAUGCAAAUGGACAAGAUGGAACAAGUUGUCCUGCUUCUGGUGUGUCUAGUACUGGAGGAGGAGCUUUAUCUACAAUUAAAGAAGAAGGUCCAGAAGAUAACGCUACUGAACAAAUGCAUCAUAUUGUAAUACCAAGUUAUGCAGCAUGGUUUGACUACAACUCUAUUCAUACUGUAGAAAAACGUGCUUUACCUGAGUUCUUUAAUAAUAAAAACAAAUCUAAAACUCCUGAAAUAUAUUUAGCAUACAGAAACUUCAUGAUUGAUACUUACAGGCUUAAUCCAACUGAAUAUAUGACUAGCACUGCAGCUAGACGUAAUUUGGCUGGAGACGUUUGUGCUAUAAUGAGAGUUCAUGCUUUUCUUGAACAAUGGGGUUUAAUUAACUAUCAAGUUGAUGCUGAUAGUAGACCAACAGCAAUGGGUCCUCCACCUACAUCACAUUUCCAUAUUCUUUCUGAUACGCCUUCAGGAUUACAGCCUGUUAAUCCUCCUAGAACUCCACAACCUUCAGCAGCCAAAACACUUCUAGAUUUAGAGAAAAAACCUUUAAUGACAGAAAAAGAUAAUAUCCAACAUUCAGAAUCUUUGUCUAACUUUGGACUUAAAUUAGAUCAAUAUGCAAAAAAACCGGGUCUCUUAAGAAACAAAACUGCUGCUGGACUAACACGUGAUUGGACAGAACAAGAAACUCUUUUAUUGCUUGAAGGCUUGGAAAUGUACAAAGAUGAUUGGAAUAAAGUUUGUGAGCAUGUUGGCACAAGGACUCAAGAUGAGUGUAUUUUACAUUUCCUUCGGUUACCAAUAGAAGAUCCAUACUUAGAGGAUUUUGAAACUGGUGGUGCUAUUGGUCCAUUGUCUUACCAACCAAUACCUUUUAGUAAAUCUGGCAACCCUAUCAUGUCAACUGUGGCAUUUUUGGCUUCAGUAGUUGACCCUCGAGUAGCUGCUGCAGCAGCUAAGGCUGCUAUGGAAGAGUUUGCUGCAAUUAGAGAUGAAGUUCCUUCAGCAUUAAUGGAUGCUCAUGUUAAAAACAUAGAAGCCGCUACAACUGAUGGAAAAUAUGAUCCAGCAGUUGGUCUCUUACAGAGUGGUAUAGCUGGAACAUAUCCAGAAAAAGAGGAAGAUAAUAAAGAAGAUAAAAAAGAACUAGAUGAUACUAAGGAUACAAAAGAUAUAGUGAAUACAGAUACUGAAAAAGCAAUAAUUACCAAAACAGAAAAAGAUGAAUCUGAGAAAGAAAAAGAUUCUAAAGAGGAGCCCAUGGAAGUAGAUAAAAAACCAAUUAAUGAAAAUUUAGGUACUCAAUCAACUGGAGUUAAUUGUACUACAGAAGGAGGAUCUGAGAGAACUGUAAAAGAUUCUGAAGUACAAGCUGCUGCUGCUGCUGCUUUAGCUGCUGCUGCUGUUAAAGCUAAACAUUUAGCUGCUGUGGAAGAACGAAAAAUUAAAUCUUUAGUUGCUUUAUUAGUUGAAACCCAAAUGAAAAAAUUAGAAAUUAAAUUGAGACAUUUUGAAGAGUUAGAAACUACCAUGGAAAGAGAACGAGAGGGUUUAGAAUAUCAAAGACAACAAUUGAUUCAGGAACGACAGCAAUUUCAUUUAGAACAAUUAAAAGCUGCUGAAUUCAGAGCACGACAACAAGCUCACCAUAGAUUACAAAUAGCAGGUGCUGCAGGAGUCAUUCCACCACCAGUAAUUACAAACCCAGAACAUGCUGCGCCAGCUUCACCCGCACCACCUAUUACCACAUAAGAUAUGCAUUUCCAGAAUUACAAAACGUUGUGAUGUAAAUGGUAUAUUCUGGAAUAACACAAGACUUCAAAUUUUUAUAUACUACUGAACCUUAUACAAGAUGAUACCUCUAUUAAUAUUUAAAUUUUUAUAAAAUAUACUAUUAAUGCAGAGACCUUAAAUUGAAAUGACUAGUAUGUUUAUAAGAAAAUGUAUUAAUUAAGAAUGAACAGAUUUUUUUUAUACUUUAUGUUAUUAUAUUUUAAUUUAGUGUUUAUUUAUAACAUAUGGUACUUGAUGUAUAUAAUUGAUCCAUUUAAUUCAAAACUAUUUUGAAUUAUUACAUUUUGGUUUCAAAUAUUAUUAUUCCAAAUUCCAUAAUGGUAGUAGGUAUGUUAAUGUUUGUAUACUACUUAUUUGUAUGUUUGUAUCCAAUUUUAAUAUUUCUUAUGUUAGUUUAUUUUAAAACAUAAUUGAACUGUACAUAAUUUAUGUAUAUAUAGUUAGUAUUAUAUAUUAAAGAAUGAAUUAUUUACUAAAAUGUAUUCAUUAGCA